AUGUCUAGCCAAAACACCAACGGCGUCGCCGCCGCCACCAAGGGCUCGGUGGACUUUAAGACCAAGGUCUCGCUGGCCCAAAUGCUCAAGGGCGGUGUUAUUAUGGAUGUCGUGAACGCCGAGCAAGUAAAUGGCCUUUUAUUCAACCCAAUUCGACUUGUCACUAACCAAUUGCCCUUUUCUCUCCAGGCCCGUAUCGCCGAAGAAGCCGGUGCUUCGGCCGUCAUGGCCCUCGAGCGCGUCCCAGCUGAUAUCAGGGUGCAAGGUGGCGUGGCUCGUAUGUCGGACCCAACAAUGAUCAAGGAAAUCAUGGAAGCUGUCACCAUCCCUGUCAUGGCCAAGGCCCGUAUUGGUCACUUUGUCGAGUGCCAGAUCCUCGAGUCCAUCGGAGUCGACUUUAUCGACGAGUCCGAAGUCCUCACCCCGGCCGACAACAAAUACCACGUCAAGAAGCACCCGUACAAGGUUCCCUUUGUAUGCGGCUGCCGCGAUCUCGGCGAGGGUCUGCGUCGCAUUUCCGAAGGCGCCGCCAUGAUCCGCACCAAGGGCGAAGCUGGCACUGGUGAUGUCGUCGAGGCCGUGCGACACAUUCGCACCGUCAACGAGCAGAUCGCACGCGCUCAGGGAAUCCUGGCCCGCGCGUCGUCCUCUGCCGACGAUGCCGAAAUCGAGCUGCGUAGCUAUGCGCGUGAGCUCGAGGUCCCCUAUGAACUCCUGCUCGAGACUGCGCAAUUGGGUCGGCUGCCCGUUGUCAAUUUCGCGGCUGGUGGUGUCGCGACGCCCGCGGAUGCUGCGCUCAUGAUGCAGCUUGGCUGCGACGGUGUCUUUGUUGGAUCUGGUAUUUUCAAGUCUGGCGAUGCCGCCAAACGCGCCAAGGCUAUUGUCGCUGCUGUUACUCACUACCAGGAUGCCAGUGUUCUUGCAGAGGUGAGCUCGGGUCUGGGUGAGGCUAUGGUGGGCAUCAAUGUGUCUCAAAUGCCCAACGAGGACAAGUUGGCCCACCGCGGCUGGUAG